AUGAUCGACAAGGAUGAGAUUGGCCAAACACUUAUUCUGGAGGACAUUAUUUUGGCAGAUGAAACUAGCGGAUUUCUUGCUUGCAAAGCGACUGGAGAUUGCGAUUGUUUGUUUCACUCCGCCUCACCUAUUCUGGUUGGUGAUCAGUCCUUGUCUCAUUUUCUUCGACUGUUAACUACCUUGAGCUUGACAUAACGCUUUCUACUCUCAGCACCCCGCUUUUUAAGAGCAUUUAAAUGCUGGUAUAGCCAAUAGUUCUGAUAAACAAGCACUGUUCACCAUGUGUUUGACUCCUGGUGGAAUGGCUUCCUGGGAUGGCAAGGAUCGGAUAAAAGCGAUAAAAGCAGAGGUAAAUCGUGGUUGCAAGGAGAGAGUGUGGCGUGGUAUGUUUUAUGUAAUGGCACUCACCAGCGUCUCAGGAAGGCCACUGUAUUCAGUAUAUCCGAACACAGGCAGUUCAAUAAGGGACUUUCUUCACAGAAAGAUUCUCCCAUGCAUUUUGAAUGAGGGGGCACAAAACACUGUAUACAUCAUGUGGUCACAAGAUGGAAGUCUAGAUACGACUCCGAAGACCUGGUAAAAACCGAACCAUUCCAUCCCUAUUUUCAGGGUCUCUCAUAAACCCGCAUACUCAAAGUCAAAGACACCUGGAUCUUCCCGAAAUGUGGCUAACCCCAAGCCAUCUCUCAUAAAGAAAGGGACAACAAAGAGAACUAUCACCAGUUAUUUCUCAAGUGAAGUUGGGCAGCACCAAAAAGCAAUCAAGAGAACACGCGAUGAGGUGAAAUCCCCAUCUUACUGGGAUAACUCAGCAAGUGUCAAGAAAAGUAAGUUGGGUGUCACUGUGGAUAACUCUGAAACUCUGAUGAAGACUGAUAGCGCAAAGACAUCAUCUAGCAAGUUGACUUGUGCCACAGUUGAAAGGUGGACGGGCGAAGACUUAGCGGAUUUCCAGGCAGAGUUGUGGCUAACCUACAAUAGAAAAAAAACUGGCAAGGCAAAUUACUGUUCCGCAUUGAAAUGCCAUGUAUGCACUCUGUUUAAGCCCAUGAUCAAGAACGGACCGAAGUUCUCAAGAGCAUUUAUUGAUCGUUCAACCAACUUUAGACUUACAAAUGUGAUAGACCAUGCUAAAUCGGAAAUCCACAACAUAGCAUUUUCUCUUUACAAUAAGCAGAAAGGUGAAACGUCAUUGACUGUAGAGCAAAAUCGACAAAAGUUGGAUUUUAACUGAACUCACAACAGACUGAAGACCUUAAAAAGAAAUUUGACAUUUCCUACUUUGUGGUUAAAGAAGAAAUGCCUCUCUCAAAAUAUGAAAAAAAAAAUCACGCUUGA